GUGAGAGGGAAAUGUCCUGGUGCCGUCAAAUAACGCCCUACUCCUGGCUUCAAUAGACUCCACUGCGACUAGGUCCUGAGUACCUCGGAGAGUAGAGAGGCCGCGGGGAAGCAGGUCUCCAGGAGAACAGAGAUGCCCUUGGCCCAAACCGCGCCUCCCUCUUGAACUAAGGUGACUCUCCCUGACCGCCUUCCUGUAGUUGAAUCUCAACCACCCGGACUACUAAUAAGAGGACAACGAAAGGAGAAAAAGGAAGGGAGCAUGGCAAAAAGUAUGCUCUAGUAGAUCUAGGCAACGUGGUGAAGAAUGACAAGAAUCAAACUGAAACACUGGAACGCUGCUAAGGGCUCGCUUGCGUUAACACACUGGCACCAGUCUCGCUGGGCUGUGAAUUAUAUGGAAAUCCCUUGUUUACCAUCCUCGUAGGAGGUCCGUAAUGAUCUCUCAGCUGGCGAACUCCAGGGGUCAGACGCUUACUAGUUAGGGGGCCAGCUGUCCUACAGGGUGCCCAGCUCGGAGGACUGGCUGCUCUUCCACUUGUCCGCAGCUUCCACCCCGAGGGCCUUGUCCCCCCUCAGAUGUGGUGCCGACCAACGGCCGUCCUUCUUUCACUUGACCGAGUCAGAGCUGCAGCCCACAGCAGAAGCUGCAGGGGCUGGGCAGGGCUCCAGGCCGGAGGGGCCGGGAAGCGUGAGCCGCGCUCCGCCGCGCCUGGCACAGUAACGGAGCAGCGGCUCCUUUGUGGGCUGCCACGUCCCACUCCCUGGCGCACAGCGGGGACGGUGGAUCUGCAGGGUGAUUGAUAAGUGAGAGCGAGUGGCCGCCGGACCCCCCUCCUCCCUCCUGCUCUUUUCCCUCCUCCCUCCCGGCGCCCUCCUUCCUGCCAGAAGCCAGCACGGUGGCGAGCCGUUCAGUGGGAACCUGCCUGCCCUUGGGGGCGCCGCCCGCGCUCGCCACCGUGUCCCGACCCGCGGGUCGCGGUGCUCCGACGGUGCGCCGGUUCCCGCACCUGCCCGGGUCGCAGAUGCGGUGGGCGCCUCGGGGCGAAGCUGCGGGCGGCGCGCCGGUUGGAUGUUAAACUACCGGUGGACCGCAGAGGAGAGGGGUCCCGUCUUCUCCUGAUGCGUUUGCCUGUAGGUACCUGAGCUGACACCGACGGUGCCUAAAGAUGCUGAGCGGCGUUUGGUUCCUCAGUGUGUUAACCGUGGCCGGGAUCUUACAGACGGAGAGUCGCAAAACUGCCAAAGACAUUUGCAAGAUCCGCUGCCUGUGCGAAGAGAAAGAAAACGUACUGAAUAUUAACUGCGAAAACAAAGGAUUUACAACUGUUAGCCUGCUCCAACCCCCCCAGUAUCGCAUCUAUCAGCUUUUCCUCAAUGGAAACCUCCUGACCAGACUAUACCCGAACGAAUUCGUCAAUUACUCCAACGCGGUAACACUCCACCUCGGCAACAACGGGCUGCAGGAGAUCCGCGCCGGGGCGUUCAGCGGCCUGAAGACCCUCAAGAGGCUGCAUCUCAACAACAACAAACUCGAGGUGCUGAGGGAAGACACCUUCCUGGGCCUGGAGAGCCUCGAGUACCUCCAGGCUGACUACAAUUACAUCAGUGCCAUCGAGGCAGGGGCCUUCAGCAAACUGAAUAAGCUCAAAGUGCUCAUCCUGAAUGACAACCUUCUGCUGUCGCUCCCCAGCAAUGUGUUCCGCUUUGUCCUGCUGACCCACUUAGACCUGAGGGGGAACAGACUGAAAGUGAUGCCUUUCGCUGGCGUCCUCGAGCACAUUGGAGGGAUCAUGGAGAUUCAGUUGGAGGAAAACCCAUGGAAUUGCACUUGUGAUUUACUUCCUCUCAAGGCUUGGCUGGACACCAUCACUGUUUUCGUGGGGGAGAUUGUUUGUGAAACUCCCUUUAGAUUGCACGGGAAAGAUGUGACCCAGCUGACCAGGCAAGACCUCUGUCCCAGAAAAAGUACCAGUGACUCCAGUCAAAGGGGCAGCCAUGCUGACACACACAUCCAAAGGCUGUCACCCACAGUGAAUCCUGCUCUCAACCCAACCAGGGCCCCAAAAGCCAGCCGGCCACCCAAAAUGAGAAAUCGCCCGACUCCCCGGGUCACCGUGUCAAAGGACAGGCAGAGCUUUGGCCCAAUCAUGGUGUACCAGACCAAGUCCCCUGUGCCCCUCACCUGCCCCAGUAACUGUGUCUGCACCUCUCAGAGCUCAGACAAUGGGCUAAAUGUGAACUGCCAGGAAAGGAAGUUCACCAACAUCUCUGACCUGCAGCCCAAACCUACCAGUCCAAAGAAACUCUACCUAACAGGGAACUAUCUCCAAACUGUGUAUAAGAAUGACCUCUUAGAAUACAGCUCUUUGGAUUUGUUGCAUUUAGGAAACAACAGGAUUGCAGUCAUUCAGGAAGGUGCCUUCACAAAUCUGACCAGUUUACGCAGACUUUAUCUGAAUGGCAAUUACCUGGAAGUGCUGUAUCCUUCUAUGUUUGAUGGACUGCAGAGCUUGCAGUAUCUCUAUUUAGAGUAUAAUGUGAUUAAGGAAAUUAAGCCUCUGACCUUUGAUGCUUUGAUUAACCUCCAGCUCCUAUUUCUGAAUAAUAACCUGCUACGGUCCUUACCUGAUAAUAUAUUUGGGGGCACGGCCCUCACCAGGCUGAAUCUGAGAAACAACCAUUUUUCUCACCUGCCUGUGAAAGGGGUUCUGGAUCAGCUUCCUGCUUUUAUUCAGAUAGAUCUGCAAGAGAACCCAUGGGACUGUACCUGUGACAUCAUGGGGCUGAAGGACUGGACAGAACAUGCUAAUUCCCCUGUUAUCAUAAAUGAGGUGACCUGCGAAUCUCCCGCUAAGCACGCAGGGGAGAUACUGAAGUUUCUGGGGAGGGAGGCUAUUUGCCCAGACAGUCCAAACUUGUCCGAUGGAACCAUUUUGUCAAUGAAUCACAACACAGACACACCUCGGUUGCUUAGUGUGUCUCCCAGUUCCUAUCCUGAACUACACACUGAAGUUCCACUUUCUGUCUUAAUUUUAGGAUUGCUUGUUGUCUUUAUCUUAUCUGUGUGUUUUGGAGCUGGUUUAUUCGUCUUUGUCCUGAAACGCCGAAAGGGGGUGCCAAGUGUUCCCCGGAGUGCCAACAACUUAGAUGUGAGCUCCUUCCAAUUACAGUAUGGCUCUUACAACACCGAGACUCAGGAUAAGACAGAUGGUCACGUCUAUAACUAUAUCCCCCCACCUGUGGGUCAGAUGUGCCAAAACCCCAUCUACAUGCAGAAGGAAGGAGACCCAGUAGCUUAUUACCGAAACCUGCAAGAAUUUAGCUAUGGCAACCUGGAGGAGAAAAAAGAAGAGCCAGCCACACUUGCUUACACUAUAAGUGCCACCGAAUUGCUAGAAAAGCAGGCCACACCAAGAGAGCCUGAGUUGCUCUACCAGAAUAUUGCCGAGCGAGUCAAGGAACUCCCCAGUGCAGGACUAGUCCAUUAUAACUUUUGUACCUUACCCAAAAGGCAGUUCGCCCCUUCGUAUGAAUCUCGACGCCAAAACCAAGACAGAAUCAAUAAAACCGUUUUAUAUGGAACUCCCAGGAAAUGCUUUGUGGGGCAGCCAAAGCCGGACCACCCUUUACUGCAAGCUAAGCCGCAAUCAGAACCAGACUACCUCGAAGUUCUGGAAAAACAAACUGCAAUCAGUCAGCUGUGAAGGGAAACCAUUUACAACCCUGUGGCAUCAAAGGAUGCUGCUCCAAACUCUUGGAAGCACUGCAUUUGCUUUUGUGUGUGUUUGUGCUCUCCCUUUUCCCAGCGGCCAUGGGGGACUUUGAAAAUGGUGGGGGUAUGGAAUGAAGCAACGAUACUGCUUUUCCAAGUUUUCCUUUAAGUUAUUUCUCUCUUGCUCCCCACCGCCACCUUUUCUUCCCUUCUCUCCUUAGGAAUCAUCAUUGAACGUGAAUGUUUCUACAGUGCAGUUUUUCAUAUAUUGUUUAUGGUUUUGUUUCUUUUCCCUUCUUUUAUUUUUCCAGUGUGGGAAUGGGAAGAGGAGAUGAUAGUGAAUGAAGAAAGAGUAAGCAAAUUUUUCAAAUGAAAAUGAAUAGUGUAUUUUGUAGGAGAUCUCCUAAGAUCUUUUGAGACUAUACAUUCUUUUGUAAAUAAUGAUAUAUGGUAUUUCUGUCUUCAGUUACCGAGCCGAGUAUAGCCACUAGGCAUCACUUCUUCGUGUUAAAGUGCCUUUGCACUUUAAGUACAUUACUUAAAUGUUGCUUUUAGCUUUGAUAAGUUGAACAUAUUUUAAUGUGUUGUAUUUUUGAAAUUAAGAACACUGUAAAAUAGAUCGAAAUGUCAGCUAUAUUAAGUCAACGUACAGUUUGCUUGAGUUAUAGAAUCCAGCCUGUCAUCAAAUGAUUCUAGUUCUAGGACUUUCAAGAUUUAACUGUAAAAUAUUUCCUUUCCUCUGAAUUUGUUCUAAGUGAUUUUAUUUAAGUCAACUAAAGGGAUUUAACAGUGGACUAGAGGUAAUAAACUGCCUCAGUUGGGAUUAGUAAUUCAUUAAUAAAAUAUAUUUAACCCAAUAUCAGAGUCAAUUGAACAAUUAAUGCCCUUCCGUAAGUUAUUAUUUUACACUAACAUGGUCAGUGUUUUAGAUUAUUUUCCUAAUUAAGAGUAUGUUACACAACUUGUAAUAUAUUUUUUCUGCAUUAAAUUAGAUAUUUUUAUAUAUUUAACUGAAAGAGUCUGUAUUUCUAACUUUUUAAUUGAAAUUAAUAUUUUUUCUGCCUAUUGAGACAUUUUCUAUAAACACAUACCAGUAGAGGCCGCCACACACCUCAUUUAAUAAAGACAUAUGAGCCAUUAAAUAACUUGAACAAAGACUUCAAAGGUGAGAUUAAACUUCCCAAGUAAAUUCUCUGCAAAUUCAAGGCAGCAGAGACAAAUGUAUACAUUACUUUCUAUUUCUUUUAGGAUUAAAGGUUAGACUCAGAAUCCUCAAUUUUCACAUUUUCAGAGGAAGCAGCAUUUUCCUCUUAAGUUUAUUGAAGCGUUAAUGGGGUGCUAUCAAAUCAUGUACUAUUUGCAUCUCCAAAUUGAUUAAUAAGUACCUAAGCCAAGAAAGUAAGAUCUUUUUUCUCCUGCCUUCUUUAUGCAUGUGUUACUUGAAUUUUUCCAUGUCAGCUUGAGCAAGCCUUUUGUUUUGGUCUUAGCAUUAAAAUGAUUUUAACUAACCAAGUCUCUAUAACAUUUAUGAAGCCUUAUUUGCCUGUAAAUAAUUUUUAGAUGCAAACAUUAUUGUGUGAUUUCAACAAACAGCCCUUCUUCACAACAAAAAAUAGUUUUGUUUUGUCUAUUGUAAAUCCUUAUGCAACUGGGAUGGUGAUCUGCAUAUAAAGUAGUCCAGCUUUUCAAUUCCUUAUUAAAGCAAUUGAUGGCGUCUGAAAGCAGCACACUGUUUCCUUUUCAUAAAUAGGUUACUGCACAUAAUAAUCCUUUAUUAUCAUGUGGAGAUUGAAGUGGAUUCUGAUAACUUACUUUUAAAGCUUUAAAAUGACUAACAGUACAUUGUCACUACAAACAAUUCAUGUGAUAGGCUUUCAAUUAGAAAUUACUUAAAUUCAAAUUAUUUGGAUUGAUCAUUACUGGUGCAAAAUAGUUUGUUUUAACAAUAGAAGGUAAUUGUGUAUAUAUAAAUUUAAAGGGCAUUCAGGAAAAAAAAUGCCUUUAACAACCUAAAAUCUCUGCAUAUCUACAGUGACAAGCUAGCAUGUUCAUCUUUGACUAGAGAUCAUAAUUUCUAUUUAAAUCCAUUAGAUCAAAGUUGACAAUGGUGGGCUGAAAUGACCUAGAAGAUAGUUAAUGCACGGAGAUUUUACAUUUCAUACAAGAGGAACAAAGAUAUUAUAUUAGUUGAACUUGGAGAUAGCUCCUCAAAUCACCUCUUUUUUGCAUGAAGUAUUUAUGUAUGCAUAUAUGUAAAAGUUUCAAACAUCCUCUUGUGGCUGCUCUCAUUUGGUACAAUGGUAAAUACAGAAUACAGAGGUAGGGUCUUGGGGAGUGAUUAUGAAGGCAAGUCAGUAUACAGACUCUAUUAAUAAUGUUUAGAUUUAAACUAGAUGACUAGAACUACUGAUGUAGCCAUUCCACUUCAGUGUUCUAACUCUCCUGAAAGUAAAGUCAUCCCUGUAAAAUGCUACUUAUCCAUAAAAAACCUAAUUCAUUCAUUUUAAAUAGGAAUAGCUUAAUCCUUGCUUAGUUACAUGACUUUAAAGAGGCCUCCUGGAAGAACUCAGAUUCAUAAACUCUUGCCUAAUAAUUAUGUUUUAAUUCUAGAUUCUCACGCUUCUUAGAUUUGUGCAUUAUUUGGAUGUAUUUGAAUGUAGUCCAGACUAUUCACUUAAAGGCAUAAUGCACUAUAUAGUUUGAAGCUUCAUUUUCUAAUGCAGUCACAAACAUUUUAUAUUUAUUAACUUAUUAGCAUUCCCACUGACUGAAUUGUUUUGCUUAAUCCACUCAAGUGCUUUCAAACAUAUUUUGGGGGGGGGGUUAUUUUUCUCUUCUACAGCUGGAGUUUGUUAUUUCACUUCUAUUUCACAUGCAGCUUGUACUGGAUAUGAGAAUCAGCACAGCAAAAUGGUUCCAGCCAACAGAAUGUCAUCCUCCCCA